UUACGAAGCCACAGACUACGACAUCUUUAGCUUGUCCUUAGCUUACCAUGUACUCGAUGUCGAUGAUCAAGUUUUAUGUGAGGGAACACUGACGAUGUUUCAUCAUACUGCUUUAAAACAGCGAAUUGUAGACUGAGGUUUGCCUUUUUUUAAAUCUUUCUUUCCAGUAAUUAUUUCAUCCGGAGGCGAGGGGCGGGUAUGUAAUUAGCAAUUGUAAUUAGCGUUGCUUAUUGGUUUGUUAGCCAUUGCUGUAGUCAUGACGCGCCUGCCUAACGCAACUGCCAAUAACUUAUAUAUAGUCGCGAGUCUGCACCGGUGCACACCGUGUCCUCUUUAUUAUUCAGUUGCGCAGCUUUGAAAAGAAGCACCGGUAUACGAGACAUCAGCUAGCCAGUAUUAUAGCUUCCUCGAGGGGCGUCAUCAAUGGACUGCGAAGACAGUCAUCCUCGGAUGCGCCUACACGGCUCCCCCGUACUGGCAUCACCAUGGACACCCGUCAACUCCGGCAGGCAUGGCGUUGAUGGCUUCGCCCUUCCCUUCUUUUUUUUUUUUUUUUUUGCGCAGCCAAAGAGAUGCGCUCGCUUUCCUCCAAACAUAUUCUAACAGCGCGCCGGUCUUGUCCUUCACCUAUUCUACGAGGCGAGCUUUCGAGAUGAACGUGAAGGUCACCAUCGUAUUACGACUGAACCGCGUCGUCUGCCAGCCGAUUACAAGCUGCAGAGCACAAAACAGGGAGGAGGCUAAGUCGAAACAAGUCCUCGGCGGCUCCCUUUCUCAAUGCGUCGUGUGGAAGCUGCAAACACGAGAGAGUUCCUUUCUUUCUUUCUUUCUUUCUUUCUUUCUUUCUUUCUUUCUUUCUUAUUUUUUUGACGGCGGUGCAGAAACCAGUCGUAAAUACUUGCUCGAUUGGAAGCGCGGAGAGAGCGGCGCGCAACCGUCUACAAGUAUACAGUACCGGCAACAGGCGCCGUACGAAGGAAGGAUUCACGAGUUUCGUUUUCUCAGAGCCGACAUGCCGAUAGCACGUACAUCGUCGUCUGGAAUGAAGCGCCUUCGUGCGUUGGGCUACCUUCUACUUUGCUUCCUCAGGUACUGUGACCUCACCUUCGCCGAUGUCAAAGAACUGAAACAAACUGGACCGUGCAAGCUGGAGUUCUUCGGCACCACGACGACGUGGAAGAGCCCGCACUACCCAAAGGCGUCCCAGCCGCCCUUGAGAUGCGAGGCAGUCCUCGAGGCGUCCGACAAGGAUCACGUGCUCAGGCUGGACUUGGCCGACGUGUACCUCAACGAAGGAAACGAGGAGUGCGGCGUCUCCAAGCUGGAGGCUGCCGAAAGCGUCAACGUCACAGGACCGUUCAACCUGGGUGCGUUUUGCGGUGCCCAGUCGGAGCAGCAGUACGUGACGUCCAAAAGUCAUCGACUGCGGCUCAAACUGACCUUGGAGAGCGACGUCGAAGAAGGUCAUUUCUUUGUCAGAAUCGACGCCAUCAAAGACGUGUACGGACACCCCGUGCUCAGCAGGCCGCUGGACAGCGACGGCGACGAUGACGGCGGCAAGGUAGUCGGAGGCAAAGAGGCCAAGAAGGGCUCCCACCCUUGGCAGGUACUUUUCAGGCUUCCCGACUCACCCGCUCACUGCGGCGGUGCGCUUCUCAACGAACACUGGGUGCUGACGGCCGCCCACUGCUUCGAGCUGCUCGGAAAGGAUGCCCAGUUGUCGGAAGUACAAGUGUUGCUGGGAAAGCACAACCAGUUCGCUUCCGAACACCACCAGCUGGCAGUCCGGAUAGAGAAGGUCUUCACCCAUCCCGACUACGACAGUGACUCUCAGGACGCCGACGUAGCCCUGGUGAAGUUGGACUCGGACGUGGAGUUCAGCGACUACGUGCGGCCUGUGGCGCUCGGGGACCCAGACUUCGUGGAGAAGGAGUUCUUCUCCAAGGCCGACGUGCACGGAGUCGUGUCCGGCUGGGGCAGGACCGACGAGGCCGACCACUCCAAGGUGCUCCAGGAGAUACGUGUCCCCAUCAAGACAGCCGUGGUGUGCAAGGCAUCCACCGAACUGGAGGUAACCGACAACAUGUUCUGUGCCGGCUAUUCUAAAGGGCGGACUCACAGAGACACUUGCGAGGGAGACAGCGGGAGCCCCUUCGUCGGCGAAAGCAACGGGAAAUUCUACGUAGUCGGCAUCGUCAGCUUUGGCGAACAGAGCUGCCUGUCCAAGGGCAAAUAUGGCUUCUACGCCAAAGUCCACAAGUUUACCCCAUGGAUACGAAAGACAGCUGGAUUAUAAAGGUUCAAUUAAUGCAAUUCA